CUCGACAUCGACUUUGUUGCUCUGAACGUCUUCGCCGCCAUGGAUGACAACGACCCUAUCUCUCAGUUUUUUCCAGACCAAGAGGACGUAGACCUUUAUGCUGUUCUGGGCGUCAAGCAAGAUGCAAAUGCGGACGACAUUAAGAAGGCGUAUCGGAAGCUCGCGCUCAAGUACCACCCUGACAAACACGCCGGCGCGAACGAGGACGCGAAGGCGGACGCGUCGCUCAAGUUCCAGCAGCUGGGAUUUGCGUACGCGGUGCUCUCCGACGAGAAGAGGCGGGGCCGGUACGACCUCACCGGCAAGACGGACGAGGGGGCGGACUUCGGUCCAGGAGAGGAUGGCUGGGAGACAUACUUCGAGCAACUGUUUGAAGAAGUCACAAGAGAUAAGUUGGACGCGAUGAAGAAGGAGUACCAAGGUUCGGCGGAAGAGCUGCAGGACCUGAAGCAGGCUUACAUCGACACCUCCGGCUCAAUAGCCGAGAUGAUGACGCAUAUACCCCAUUCCACAUUCGAUGACGAGGCGCGCUUCAUCGUCGCCAUCUCCGAUAUGAUCAAGAAGGGAGAACUUCCAUUGCUACCCCAGUGGGAGUCGAGCACAAAGGACGAAAAGGCGAGGCUCGUGCGGAAGAAACAGGCGUCCAAGGAGGCAAAGGAGGCGGAGGAACUGGCGAAGGAGCUUGGGGUACACGACGAAUUCUUUGGGAGUGGGAAGAAGGGGGCGCGUAAGGGGAAGAGCAAAGGAAAGGAGAAGCAGACCGACGAGGAGGACACGUCGGCGCUGCAGGCGCUGAUACUCAAGAAGCGGAAGAACGCGGAGGGCCUCUUUGACAACAUUGCCGCCAAGUACGCGCAGGCGGAGUCGGCCGGAAAGGGAGCGAAGAAAGGGAAGAAGCGGUCGAAGGCUGCGGAGGACGAAGAAGAUGGAGAAGAAGAGGCGUCGCCAAAGAAGAGGUCGCGAAAGGACAUACCUCCACCACCGGAUAUCGAUGACGCAGAGUUCGAGAAGGUGCAGCAGAGGCUGAUGGAGAGCAAGCCGAAGCGAGCCGCGGACAGCGGGGCUGGGUCGAAAGGGACAACAAAGGGCCGAGCAGCGAAAGGGAGGAAGGCGAAGUGAUUUGGUUGUCGUGCGUA